AUGUCCCGCAUCCUCAUCACCGGCUCCACAGACGGCUUCGGCCUCUGCGCCGCCCAACAACUCGUCGCAAAGGGCCACAAGGUGUACCUGCACGCCCGGAGCGCCGAACGCGCCGCCGCCGCCGAACAAGCCUGCCCGGGCGCCGCGGGCACCCUCAUCGCCGACCUCUCGCACUUUGCCGGCGUGAACAAACUCGCCAACGACGCCAACGAGAUCGGCCCCUUUGACGUCGUCAUCCACAACGCGGGCGUCUUCCUGGGCCCGCAGCGCAAGUUGUCCGACAUGGACCUCCCCAUGCAGGUCUUUGUCAAUGUUGUCGCGCCGUAUAUCCUGACGUGUCGGAUGCACAAGCCCAAGCGGUUGGUGUACAUCUCGUCGACGCUGCAUAAGCAGGGUGAGCCGGCGAAUGUGGAGGAUAUGUUUUGGACGCGGCGCGGGGAGGACGAGUGGAAUGAUUUCCAGUCGUAUUGCGACACGAAGCUGCAGUUGAAUCUGCUGGCGAAUGCGAUUGCGAAGCGCUGGAAGGGCGAGACGUCUGUGGCGACGGUUCACCCCGGCUGGGUUGCUACGAAGCUGGGCGGGAAGGAGGCGCCGGAUCGGUUGGAGGAUGGGGUUGAGACGUAUGUGAAGUUGGCCGAGGGGGAUUAUGAUCAGAGCCUGGUGGCGCCGUACUUUGAGCCCAAGGGCAAGCUCGGUGAGCAGCUUCCUGCUGCUGAGGAUGAGAAGUUGCAGGAGAGGGUUGUGGCCAUGUUGGAGGCGAAGACCGGGUUGAAGAUUCCGGCUUGA